ACUAAUUUUCCCAUUUCAAUACGAACAUCAUGCAUUUCACUUUUAUUUUAGUGAAUAUCUAAAUAUUUUCUUUUUAAUCUCUAAUGGCAAAUAGGCCUAGGCCCACAUGCAGGCCUGACAAACAGUUGCAGAAAAUGCCAGCAGUCGCCUAUAAUGUGUCUAACAAUAGGCCUAUCUAACUGUGCAAACUUGGGUUAAAAAUUGAACAGCUGUUGCCUAGGCAUAGUCUAAUGUGAAAGGAUAUACGUAGGUCUGACUACAGAUAUUCAGAGGCUCAGGCUACUACAAUUAUACAGUUACAAUUAUAAUCUGUAUUUUAGCCUAGGCUACAUCUCUCUCAUGUCUCUCAUUCUGGGAGAAGUUUUUGGGGAAGGUUGUCAUGUUCGGCUACCUGCUCCAGGUGGGAUCGGAUGUCGAUGAGGGGCGGUCGCUUGAUGGCGGAAGUUAAUUCAAGAGCCAUUCAAGGGACAGCACAAUCUUUUUCAGGUCCUUUCCCAGGAUAUGUGUCAGAGAAUCACCGUGAAGAAACCAGGCUGGAGGUCGUCGGAGGUGCGCUGUGCAUGGACACCUGUUUUUAGACAGGUCUUUUGAGAAUUUCUGUGGAGAGUCAAACACACAGACGUCAGAAAUAAAGACAUCAACCAUCAGACUCAGACUAGGUCAUGGGCAAUGCAAAGAGCGGAGCUGUGUCCAAAGAGCUUCUGCUGGACCUGAAGCUGAGCACCAAGUUCAGCGAGGCCGAGAUCACACAGUGGUACGAAAACUUCCAGAAGCAGUGUCCGAGCGGACGCAUCACGCCGGCCGAGUUUGAGGCCAUUUACUCUCGAUUCUUCCCCGAGAGCGAUGCCAAGAGUUACUCCCAGCAUGUUUUCCGCUCCUUUGAUACCAACGACGAUGGCACACUGGACUUCAGAGAGUACAUUGUGGCCCUGCACAUGACUUCGUCCGGCAAGAUGACGCUGAAAUUGGAGUGGGCCUUCUCACUGUUUGACGUGGACAAGAAUGGAUUUAUCACCAAGUCAGAAGUCUGUGAGAUAUGCCAGGCAAUCUUCAAACUGAUCCCCAAAGACAAAGUGGCUGAGCUCCCAAAUGACGAAGACACUGCACAAAAGAGGGCAGACAAACUCUGGGGAUUCUUUAAAAAGGACGAAAAGGACAGGGUUGCUGAGGGAGACUUUAUCGACGGUGUAAUGGCCAACGCUGAUGCGAUGCGGCUCAUUCAGUAUGAACCUAAAAAGUAAAGAGUCGAGAUCUCUCCAUUCUCAAAAAACUAUUAUUGACCCAGAUAGACCCAGAUCUUAGUGUGAUUAUCGAAGAUCUCUUUGUAAAUACUGUAUAUAUCUCCAAACUCCAUGGUGCAUAAAAUAGCAAGAUGUUCUCUUUUACCACUUUGGAACCCCUUUUCUUUCAGUUUGACAACAGUCAUUUGCACAAGAUAAUUAGUGGGAUUGAUUGGUUUUAUUAUUUUUUUUUUACAUUGAUUUGUGUAACAAAGCAGGCUAUAUUUCCAUCUUAUGUUUGGUUCACAAACACAUGACACUCAUGACACAUGAACCCUAACCCUAACCCUAACCUUCAACCCUGACUCUAACCUUAGCCCUAACCUCUAACUCUAACCCUAACGCUAACCCUGACUCUAACCCUAAUCCUAACCCUGACUCUAAGCCUAACCAUAACUCUAACUUGUCGUGACAAAAACCGAAUGAUACUUAAUGACCGAAGCGUUAUGUCAGAAACGUUUAUGACUUGUCUAUAAUGUUUAUGAGACGUUCAUGACCGUGUCAUGUCACUGUAAUACCUUCAAGUAAAGUGUAACCGUUAUUUGUCAUCGAUUAUCUGUCAUCUUUCAUCAUCAUAUCUAUCAUAUCAUUGGCUCCAUGAGGCAACAGUAUAUACCGCUACAUCCUACUUCUUUCUCUAACCAGUGAGCAACAGGAUCAGUGUUAUUUUAUAACUUUUAUAACUUUGUUUUCAUAUUGUUAUUACAGUAUUUUUAGUGAAAGCAUAUCUUAGCAACAACCAGUAAAGUGGUAAAUGUGGUCUUAAAUAUUAAAGCAAUACUACAGGGUUGCCAUAAGACAGUAGUUUUUUUUCUACCUCUGAAAGAGACAAUGAAAUAUGUGGUCUUAUAUCUCUUGACUCUGUUAGUGUUUUAGAUAUGUUGUGGAAAAUGAGAUUAAUGUUGACACAAAUGGAUAAACUGUUUGGGUAUCAACAUUUUGUUUGGCUACAAAGAGAACCAUUGUCAUAGGCAUCUACUGUGUGUGUGUGUGUGUGUGUGUGUGUGUGUGUGUGAGAUUAUUGUUGUCGUUGAUGAUAUGUAUGUGUGUGCAUGUGUGUGUGCAAGCAUGUGUGUGUAAGAGCAACCAAAUCACCUCAGGUUUAUUAUUUAUUCGUUUUUUAUCUGCUGUAUUCUUCAUUUACGGAGACCGAACCAUGACUAAAUGCUUAACUUGUCUUUAUGCAUUAGCUGGCAUAGCAAGCAACAGCAAAGGUACUCAACCCUAGAGGGAUUGUUGUUUUUUAGUUAAAUAAUUAAAAUAUGAAUUUAUUUAAUAAUUAAAAUGGAAGUUGGAAUAAAAUGAUAGAGGAGAGAGUUUGGUCAGUCGUAAGGGUUGCAAUGUAAGUUAAGUGGCAACACACUGGAAAGCUGUCAAAAUAGUCAUUGGAAAAGCUGAUUGUCAGAUUGUGUAUGUUAUGAUUGAUGUCAAUCAUAAUUCCAUGUAUUUUGUAUGUUAUACAUCCUUUGAUCCUCUUUCAAAAAUAUAUAUGAAAUAAUAUUUUUAAAUAAAGCUU